AUGCUUAAUUUGCUCAGCGUAUUAGACCGAAACGUGACUAUAGAAGACGACAACGAGCAGCCUUCAUGUAGCUCUACAUCGUCAAUGUGCACAACUGAUCCCGUAAUUGAUGUUCCCGAAGAUCAACAACCAACUUUGAGGACGGAGUUGGCAGUGUCUACGAUUAAACAACAUACCCCAAAAGACUCGUUUAUUUUCCCCAAAUCGACUUCUAACAGCGGUAAUCGGUCGUGCCAGCAUCAGUACUUUAAAGAAUUCCCCUGGCUUCAUUAUGAUGUGAAGACUGAUAGCGUUUUCUGCACUAUCUGUGCAAAUGCUAAGAGAACUGGAUCUGAGCAACUAGUUAAAAGUCUAACGGAGACAAGAAGCAUUGAACGACACUACUUGCGGAGGAUUAUUACAACAGUCAGAUACCUUGCGAGGCAGGGCAUUCCACUAUCCGGCAAGAACGGUGAAGAUAACUUUAGUCAAUUGCUAAAACUCCGAGCUGAAGACGACAGCAUUUUAAAGGAGAGACUAAACCGAGAAGCGGACGACCGUAAGCAAGGAGGCAAUAAAGUGUUCUUUAGCUACCGACACCCUACAAUACAGAACGAGAUUCUCGAUAUUAUGGGGCAAGAAGUUGUCAGAACUUUACUGCGGAGUAAAAUUCAAAAGUGUCGCUUCUUUUCCCUUAUUUGCGAUGAAGGGACAGAUGUUGCAAAUAACACAUUUGUGACAAUAUGCCUGCGUACCAUUGAUGAGAACCUUAAAGUUUCAGAGGAUUUUAUGGGUUUCUAUCACGUAGCAAAUAUCAAAUCGGAUUCAAUCGUCGCCGUGAUCAAAGACGCCUUAAAGAGGUUUGCUCUAAAGCUCAGUGAUUGUCGGGGUCAAACCUACGACGGGGCCUCUAACAUGCUUGGACCAAAAUCUGGAGUGUCAACGAGGAUUUUGAAGGAGAAUCCCUUAGCUCUUGCUAAUCACUGUCUGGGACACGCUUUAAACCUCGAGGUUAAAGCUGUUAAUAAGAACUGUAAACCCUUGUCUUUGACAACUGACACGACAGAAGAAAUUGUUAAGUUGGUAAGGUACUCUCCUAAGCGUGAAAAUAUGUUAUCUGUAAUACAAAGUGAUAUUAUUGUGGCAGCAGAUGACGAAGAAGAUAUUCCUGUUCAACAGAAGAUCCUCGGUUUGUCAUCUACCCGAUGGACAGAACGAGACAUCGUUUGCUCCUUUGUGGAACAGUUGCAUGACACAAGCAGCGAAGACCCCUUCAGUUGA